AUGGAUGCAAUGCUAAAGUACAAAGCUCCUUUGUUUAAAAAUGAACGUACAACUUUCGAGCGAAUUGAGAAGUUCAUCUCCAAUAGUCAUUUUCUGGAUUGCAAUUUGUAUGGCCGUGUUUAUGGAAAAUCAUAUCCGAUUCAUGUGAAGCAUUGUGACUUUGGUUCAAAUAUCGUGACAUUCUCAGAGGCUGUCGAAGCUCUUUCUGUCCGAGGUUCAGAAGUAAAUGUUGGGUUUAAAUUUGGACCAACAUGGACAACACACUGGUUUCAAAUUGACGUUGAGGUACCGGAAGAUUGGGAUAUGGAAACUAAGUCUGUGCUGCGUAUUGACGCUGAAUGUGAGGCACUUUUAUGGAGUGAGGAUGGUGAACCAAUACAAGGCUUAUCUCCCGAUUUUGGACGAACAGAUUUUGAAAUUCCCACAGUUUCGUUGGCCCAAAGAUUUUAUGUUGAAGCAUCGUGCAGCGAUCGUAAUGGUGAUGGUGAAAACUGUGGUAUACGACCAGCAAAAAUGGACAAAUUAUUUGAAGUACAAUUUAUUGUUGAA